AAAGCAGUUUGGUCAGAUAACUCAAAGCUCAAUGCUGGACAAACCAGUCCACCAACUCUUGGGGAUGGUUGUGGGUGUGGAUUGACCUUCCAAAUGGCCCAGGGCAAUCUGGUGCAGUGAUAGCAGGCUAAUUGGGAAUCGUGGACGAGACUACUGAGAGAUCUCCUUCUCAGGUCCAGAUUAUUUGAAGGACUGUAUUGUCCCAUAUGCCUGUGUUUUGAGCUGUUUUGAGGAGGCCCUUCUCUCUCUGAGCAAUCUAAAAGACACAUUUGGUGGAAACACGGGAGAGGACUUUCCCACUGGUUGCUCCCAGGAUCUGGAACUCACUUUCAAGAGAAGCUAGAUUGGUACUCACUUCAUUAUCUUUAUACAAACAGAUAACCUAAGUGAGGAUUCUGAAUUCAGAGAGCCUUCUCUUGUUCCGAGAAGUAUCAUGGCUGAACCAGAUUACAUAGAUGAGGACAAUCCUGAAUUAAUUAGACCCCAGAAACUAAUUAAUCCUGUAAAAUCAUCCCGAAAUCAUCAAGACCUUCACAGAGAACUCCGUAUGAAUCAGAAAAGGGGUCUAGCUCCUCAAAACAAGCCAGAGCUGCAAAAGGUGAUGGAAAGACGAAAAAGAGACCAAGUUAUCAAGCAGAAAGAAGAAGAGGCACAGAAGAAGAAAUCAGACUUGGAAAUAGAGCUACUCAAACGACAACAGAAACUAGAACAGCUUGAACUGGAGAAACAGAAGAUCCAGGAAGAGCAGGAGAAUGCGCCUGAAUUUGUCAAAGUGAAAGGCAACUUGAGGAGGACAGCCCAAGAUUCGGCAGAAGCUCAAAACUCCUAGAGGAGGAAACUCUUUCAGACUUGAAGCAAUUCCCUCGGUUGUUGCAGGGAGGGACUUCUGCAAAAUAUCUCACUCAUUUGCCCUGAAUUUGGGUGAAAAUUGUGGUUCUUUACAAGGUCAAUUACUGGAACCCUCUGUGGCCUAAUGACUACGCAGCAGAUGAAACUCCGCCAAGAAUAUCACUAUGGAGAUCAGUGGAUAAACAAGCAACCUGUUGUCAGUCGAAAGACUUGUCCAAAGUACUUGACCAGGGAAAGAAUUUGAUUUGUUACAUUGCUUGCUUAUUCCUGAUCUAAGCUUAGUGGGCAUCUCAGGCUAGUGUGGAUAGAUAUUUUUUUGUUCCUACUUUGUGAAGUUCUGCCAUGCAGAAGAACAAAGUUUUCUGAAACCACUUCUCUGUACAUCCUGUGUGGAAAGCCUGCUUCAAAAAUGAACAGUGCUCUCCCCAUCCCCAGUCUGUAGUGUAGUUUCCUUUAGACUUGAAGUUGGAUGUAUUUUGUCCAAUGCUAGUGUGUGGGCAGUACAUCAUGGGUCCAAAACACACUGUAGAAAUAAUCCAGUGUGAGACUGCUUUAACUGCAUUGGCUCAAUGCUAGGGAAUUCUGGAAACUGUAGUUUUGUGAGACAUUUAGCCUUCUCUGUUAGAGAGCC